AUCAAGCCGCGUCAACAUUCUCGCUGAUGAAACAGUCUUGAGACUUGAGUAAAAACAUAGUUGUUGACGCCUUUAAACACAAACCAUUAUGUCCGUCCUUCAGAAAUGCCUUACUCUAACAUAUUUUCCAGUAACGAGGCUCCCGUUCGGACUGUCGUCGCGGUGUUAUUCUGGUUAUUCAACCCUCGUCAGAGUCACUGUGGUGUUUCGGAAUCCGAGAGAGUCCACUACUCGGACAGGACAACAACCCUCACGGGACCGAAGCAGUUUUCAUCCCUUUUUACCUGCCGGAAAUUGUGACGCUCGUCGCGACUGUUUCAGAGCGUUUUCAGCUUCGCCAGCUGGAGGAGGAGAGGCUGUGGGAAAGAUCCAGCCAACACACUAUCACCUAGUCUACACAUGCAAGGUUUGCUCCACCAGGUCCACGCAGAGGAUUUCUAAGCAGGCCUACCACAAAGGGGUGGUGAUAGUGACAUGUCCUGGAUGUGAGAAGCACCACAUCAUUGCUGAUAACCUCGGCUGGUUCUCAGACCUAGAGGGGAAAAGAAACAUAGAAGAAAUCCUCGCGGCCAAAGGAGAGACAGUGAAGAGGGUUGAGGGGAGCCAGGCCAUGGAGAUAUUGUUGGACGAGUCCAGAGGAGGCGAGGCACAGUGUGAAGACGACACAGAAAAGUCCGAAAAUGACACAAAGAAACAGUGAAGUGUUCUUAUUGUGUAUUCCCUUUUGUAAGAUGAUUAUAUUUAUUUAAAAAAUAAAAACUUGUUUCUUUC